ACCGUGGUGCACGCAUUUGUGCCUCCUUUAGUUUGCUUUCUGUGACUGCUUCUUCUCAACUCCUUACAGUCCUAAAAUGCAGACCACCAUGCGCGGCGCUCCUGUGAGCCGGGCUGCCUUCAAGGCGGCCCCCGUGCGCGCUGCCUCGUCGCGCACCGCCCUGGUCGUGGAGGCCAACAAGAAGGUUGCCAAGAAGACCAAGAUCAUUCUGAUUUCGGACAUUCCUAACGUUGGCAAGGAGGGCGAGAUCAAGACCGUGCCUGUGGGCUACUGGCGCAACUUCCUGCUGCCCAACGGCAUGGCCAAGAUUGCCAGCGAGGGCAUCCUCAACCAAAUCCGCGCCAAGAAGGAGGACGAGAUCCGCAAGAAGCUGGAGGAGAAGGCCCAGGCGCAGGCCUUUGCCAACGCCCUGACCACCAUCGGCAAGUUCCUGCUGAAGAAGAAGACCGGCGAGAAGGACCAGAUCUACGGCUCCGUGCAGGUGCAGGAGAUUGCCGACGCCAUCUACCAGCAGACCGGCCGCAACGUGAGCGACUGCGAGAUCACUGUGCCCGAGAUCAAGUCGGUGGGCACCUACGAGUGCACCAUCCGCCUGCACCCCGAGGUUGUGGGCACCUUCUCGGUUGUGAUCCAGAAGGAGAAGAACCAAAUCAAGGUGACCACCACCGAGCCGAAGAAGGCCAAGAAGUAAAUGUCCUUUACUUUAACUUCUUGCAAGCUGUGGCUUUGGGAGAUGCUUGGAAUUGGAGCUGGAGGCAGCGGCUGCGCUGCGCUAGCGUGAGCCGGGGGCGGUCGACAAGAGCUGGAGGCCUGCCCGGGCGGCCGGAGUGCGGCUGAAGUGAUAGCAAGGAGCCGAGGCGGUUAGGACGGCAUGUGGGGAGGGCAGAAGCGGCAGCGGCGCAACACGGAGGCUAGCGUGCAGGCGAUGUGUUGCGGGGGCUCAGGCAAGCUCAAGAUCAUGCACUCUGCGCCGAUGUGCCUCUCUCUGCUGAGAGGUCGUGGGCGCGUUUUGCCGAGUGCGCGGAGCGGUCUCGGCCGUAAUGGCUGCAGGAACUCAGGAAGGAACCCUGCAGUAGUACGGAGCUAGUGCACUGACGAUACGGUAGGCACGCAGUUGGCGUGACGCUGGGCUGGUGGCUGACGGGGACGCCAGGCGAUUUUGUCUGAAGGCGCUUUGCGCCAAGCAGCCAGGCGACUGCGCAGUGCAUUUCAGCGUGUCAGUUACUUGGCCAGGGCCAGUGUUAGUGUUCCAUGGAUAUGGUGGGUGCUUUGUGUGAGGCUGUGCCCAAGAAGGCAGUGAUUUGCGUGCAGUGCACGAGAGCUCGGUAAGGCCAGCCGGGUGCAGUGGCGGCGGUUGGGCUUGAGGAAGGGAGAUGUGUAAAACGAAGACUUG